CAGGCAGUCUUUGGCAUAACCGUCACCCACAGGCAGCAGGCAUCUUCCUCAUUCUUAUGCGUCACGUUUCCGCUCUCGCCCUGCUGGCCUUGACGCACGCGUCCUCCUCACUAGGCCUCGGGGCGUGCAUUGCCAACACAGAACUGUGCGUGCUAAUCAGCGAUGACCGCCACCACCUAUCCUGUGUUACCCGCUGAUUAGGGACAUGAAUCAUCAUUGGCCUUUUGUCCUACUGUCCAUCGUCCUAUCAGUGGCUCCAAAUGGAUGGUGUCUUACAAAUGGAGAAGAGGUUUGCUUUAAGUCCAUCGUAAACUCCUGCAAUGAUUGUGUCAGAUCUGGGCCAUACUGCGCUUGGUGUCAACAACUGAAUUUCACCAAAGCAGGUGAGCAGGAAUCAGCACGCUGUGAAACCCGAUCUAAAUUGAUGGAAAGAGGGUGCAAUGAAGAGGAAAUUAUCGACCCUGUGAGCAGUCAACAAGUUGAGAAGAAUGAACCUUUGUCCACAUCAUUCAAUAUGCAAGAGCCUAUUCAGCUAAGUCCACAGAAGAUAAGUCUAAGACUGCGACCUGGACGUCCAACUACAUUUACUGUUUCAUUUAAAAGAGUUCAAGGCUAUCCAGUGGAUCUCUACUACCUGAUGGACUUGUCUUUCUCGAUGAGAGAUGACUUGGAAAAUGUCAAAGGACUUGGGCAAGACCUUUUUGCAGCUCUUAAGAAAAUUACACAACAUGCUCAAAUUGGGUUCGGUGCCUUUGUUGAUAAGACAGUUCUUCCGUACACCAAUACUAACAAGAAGAAAUUGCAGAGGCCAUGCGAUGAGAAUUACCAGUGUCAAGCUACCUUUGGCUACCGACAUGUGCUUAGUAUGACACCAAGGAUUGAUGACUUCAAAAAAAAAGUAACACAGCAGUUAAUUUCUGGGAAUUUGGAUUCUCCUGAAGGGAGUCUUGAUGCUAUGAUGCAGGCAGCUGUUUGUGGGGGCAAAAUAGGUUGGAGGAACAGUAGCACUCGACUGCUUGUGCUUGCAACUGAUGAUGGAUUUCAUAUGGCUGGAGAUGGAAAAUUGGCUGGAAUCCUGGAACCAAAUGAUGAACAGUGCCACAUGAGCAACACUCUUUAUACCAAGAACAAUGAAAUGGACUACCCCUCUGUUGGACAAGUAGCCAUGCAGUUGGAAAAAGAACAUAUCCAACCAAUAUUUGCUGUGACACAAGACGUGGAAGACACGUACAAGCAACUCUCUAGAAUGAUUCCAAAAUCUGAGGUGGGAGUUCUGUCACAAGAUUCUGGAAAUGUUGUUCAAUUGAUUGAAAAAGCAUAUAAUAGAUUGUCCUCCAAAGUUACCCUAACUCAUGAUGCUCUCCCUGAAAAUGUAAGAGUUGUCUACACUCCACGCUGUGAUAAUGCAAAACAAGAAGGGAACAAUAAAGGCGUUUGUGACAAUGUUCAUGUGGGACAGAAGAUUUCUUUUGAUGUGUCAGUAACAGCAGACUCAUGCAUGGAGAACAAGACAGUCACUAUCAGACCACUUGGUAUUAAAGACACAUUGAUGGUGACCUUAUCUACAAGCUGUGAGUGUCAGUGUAGAGAUCCAAGCGAAAGUAGCCCACAAUUUUGUAAUGGCAAAGGAAGAAUAAACUGUGGUAUUUGCAGUUGCACUCAAGGCUCUGUCGGUCAGUUCUGUGAAUGUUCCAUUGGCAACAAAGAUGAACAUUCCCUGAGAAGACAUUGUUUGAGCCAAAGUGGUAUGGAAUGUGAGAGUCAUGGAGACUGUGUGUGUGGAAGAUGUCAGUGCCACACAACAGCAAGUGGAGGCAGUUACUACGGUGACUUCUGUGAAUGUGACGACGAACAUUGUGAGAAGUUCCAGAAUAAAUUAUGCGGAGGAAAUGGUAAGUGCAACUGCGGCAAAUGUGAAUGCCACCCAGGCUUUGAUGGCUCAGCAUGUCAAUGCACAAUAUCAGAAGAGGGGUGUCGUACCCCUAAUAAUACCAUUUGCUAUGGCAGAGGGAAUUGCAAGUGUAACCGUUGUGACUGUAAAAACGGAUACCAACGUCCACAUUGCCAGACAUGUCUUGGUUGCCCUGAUGCUUGCCAAAUAAAAUUAAAUUGCAUCGAAUGCCUUGGCUUUGAAUCUGGCCCUUUUAAAAAAAAUUGCAGUAUGGCUUGCAGAGAUAGCCUUUUUCAUGAAAUGGUAGAUCAGUUCACUAUUUCGAGUAUGCUGUGUCAGCAAAGGGACUCGAAUGGGUGUUGGAUCAAAUUCAAGCUGGACCAACAGUUUGGAGAAAAUAAGUACAUGGCUGAAAUUCUGAAACACAGAGACUGUCCAGAACCACCCAGUGUUGCGGCUAUCAUCGGAGGUUCGAUUGCAUCUGUGGCUCUCAUUGGCAUCUUCUUGUUAAUGCUGAUUAAGUUGCUUAUCUACGUGAAGGACCUGAAAGAGUUCAGGAAGUUUGAAAAUGAAAAAAAUAAAUCCAAAUGGGCAGAGGCGGACAAUCCACUCUUUCAGAAUGCUACCACUACUGUAACCAAUCCAACGUUUACUGGAGAAUGAAAAUCAGGCACAGUAUCCUUAAAGCAACACAAAACGUGUUGCACCAAAUGAAACAAAAACCUGCAAUUUUUUUUUAUUAAAUCUAGUGUCUGAACCAAUAGGUUCCCCAUCUGAAAAUCUAUUAAUUUAAGGAAAUGGUAUACUAUUCUGUUCAUUUACAAAUGAAAUUAAAUUGACUUGGUAAAUUUGCAAUUUGCUAUUUUAAACCACAUUUGAUUACUUUUUAAUUACUAAACAUAGCUAUGUUUACAUGAUCAUUUGUAUUUUGUUCAAUUAAAAGCAUGUCUCUGAAUUUACUGCAGAUUAAAUACAGCCAUUUAAACUGUCA